AUGGUGUCUGCCUGGCUGUGGCUGCUGUGCCUUUGUCUACCCCACGCCUUUCCUCAGUCCCUGUCAGCAGAGCUGUAUGUGGAAGUCCCAGAAAACUAUGGCGGAAACUUCCCUUUGUACCUGACCAAGAUCCCUCUGCCCCAAGAGAGAGCCGAGGACCACAUUGUGCUGUCAGGAAGUGCAGGCACGGCUGUUCAGGGCCCCUUUGCUGUGGACCCAGAGUCAGGCUUCCUGCUGGUGACUGCGGCCCUGGACCGUGAGGAGCAGGCAGAAUACCAGCUGCAGGUCACCCUGGAGUCCCAGCAGGGCCAUCUCCUGUGGGGUCCACAGCCUGUUCGUGUGCGUGUGAAGGAUGAGAACGACCAGGUGCCCCAUUUCUCCCAGGAAGUCUACAGAGUUCGCCUGAGCCAGGGCACCCGAGCUGGCAUCGCCUUCCUCUUCCUGGAGGCCUCUGAUGGGGAUGAACCUGGCACACCCAACUCGGAUCUUCGUUUCCAUAUCCUGACCCAGGUGCCCUCCCAGCCAUUCCCAAACAUGUUCCAGCUGGACUCUCAGCAGGGGGCUCUUGCCCUCAGCCCCAAGGGGAGCACCCACUUUGCUCAGGCUCUAGGAGGGCCCUACCAGCUGUUGGUCCAGGUCAAAGACAUGGGCGACCAGGCCUCAGGCUACCAGGCCACAGCCACUGUGGUUGUCUCUGUCAUUGCAAGCACCUGGGUGCCUCUUGAGCCUCUUCGAGUGCCAGAGAAUCUCCAAGUUCUCUACCCGCAUCUUAUUGCCCAGGUACACUGGAGUGGUGACAAUGUCUACUACAGCCUGGACAGCCAACCCCCGGGCCCCUUUGAUGUGGAUGCAGAGGGCAAGCUUUACGUAACCCAGGAGCUGGACCGAGAAGCCCAGGCUGAGUACCUGCUCCAGGUGCGGGCCCAGAAUUCCCACCACGAGGACUAUGUGAACCCUCUGGCGCUGCCUGUGGUAGUGAUGGAUGAGAACGACAAUGCGCCCAUCUGCCCCCCGCUGGGGUCUCCCAUCACCAUCACUGAACUCAGCCCCCCAGGCACUCAGGUGACCAGGCUGUUGGCAGAAGAUGCAGAUGCCCCUGGCUCUCCCAAUUCUCAUGUUGUGUACCAUCUGCUGAGCUCUGAGGCUGAAGAGGGAGUGGAGGAACCAGUCUUUGAGCUGGACUCCACCUCGGGCACCGUGAUCUUGGGGUCCGUCCCCCUCCAGGCAGGGCAGAACUUCCUGCUUCGGGUAGUGGCUGCUGACCUGGGAGGAGCUGAGGGUGGCCUCAGCAGUACCUGUGAGGUUGCAGUCACCGUGCUGGAUAUCAAUGAUCACGCCCCCGAGUUCACUACUGCACAGAUCCAGACCGUGAGCCUCCGUGAGGACGCAGAGCCUGGCACAUUGGUGGCUAUGCUCACAGCCACCGAUGCCGACCUGGAACCUGCCUUUCGUCUCAUGACCUUUGCCAUCACGGCUGGGGAUGCUGAGGGUCUCUUUGGCCUGGUUUGGGAGCCAGAAUCUACUCAUGUACAACUCCAGCUCCUCAAGAAACUCAGCUAUGAGGCAGCCCCGAGGCAUGAAGUGGUGGUGGUGGUACGGAAUGUGGCUGAGCUGGUGGGGCCAGAUCCGGGCCCCCAAGCCACUGCCACAGUGACUGUGCUGGUGGAGAGGGUGGUGCCAGCCCCCAAGCUGAACCCACUGGGCUACAAGGCAAGCAUCCCUGUGAGCACCCCAGCUGGCUCCCUCCUGCUGACCAUCGAGCCUUCUGAGCCCACAAGCAAUUCUGUCAGAUUUUCGCUGGUGAACGACUCCAAGGGUUGGUUGUCCAUUGAGGAGGCAUCCGGGAAGGUGCGUGUGGCCCGGUCCCUGCAGGACGCCUGGCCUGGGAACACCUACACAGUGCUGGUGGCUGCCUGGGAUGCAGAUGAGCCCUCCCUGAACACCUCUGCCAUCCUGGUGAUUCACUUCUUGAAGGGGUCCUCCCUGACACCUCCCCUUGUACCCUCACGGCACCUAUGCACCCCGCGCCAGGACCAUGGUGUCAUCGUCAGCGGACCUAGCGGGGAUCCCAGUGCGGCCAGUGUGAAUGGCCCCUACAGUUUUGCCCUGGGGCCCGACCCCACGGUGCAGCGGGACUGGCGUCUCCAGGCACUUAAUGAUUCCCAUGCGUACCUCACCCUGGCCCUGCACUGGGUGGAGCCUGGAGAACACAUGAUCCCUGUGGUUGUCCACCAUGGUGGGCGCAAGUGGCAGCUCCAGGUCCGAGUGAUCGUGUGUCGCUGCAAUGUGGAUAGGCAGUGCAUGCUCAAGGUGGGCCGCAUGAAAGGCAUGCCCACGAAGCUGUCGGCGGUGGGGACCCUCGUGGGCACCCUGGCAGUGAUAGGCUUCUUGCUCCUCUUCAUCUUCACCCAUUUGAGCCUGACACGGAAGGACCUCGACCAGCCUGUGGAUAGCAUGCCCCUGAAGACAGCGGUGUGA